AUGAACUUUAUUUCAUCUCUUUUGGAAACGAUUCAUAACAGCACCACUGGAUCUGUUGAGCAUCCUUACUCCAAUGAACCCGAAGAACUUAUCAUGCAUUGCAAGGAUCUCAAGUUGUGGAUUCAAAAUGAAGGUCUUCGCUCUGGUGUCGAAUGGUAUCAUCGAAGUGGUGGUAGAAAUAUCAAAAGAAAUGGUAUGUUUUUCUCCCGAUUUGGCAAUCACGAUGGCACUGAUUACACUGGACCAGUAGAAGAAAUCCCACCUACUUCAGCUACUCAAUAUGAUAAUACGUAUACCAUCGAAGUGGAUCACCAACAACGAAACAACGCAACACCAUGCAUGAAAACAUUCCUUGCAAUUGCUCUGCCAAAAUCAUAUUUGGAUGACUUGGUCUCUACUCCUGUUUCGUCUGUCGCUCGUCGUGCUUUGACAAGAACAUCUUACAAAAUUUCCCUGGAAAACAAUGAUGUCAAUGCCUCUUUGCCUACGUCUCUUCGAAUUGGCUGUCAAGAAGUUUAUUAUGCUAUGGCAAAGACACUUCGUCAGAAGGCAUAUUUACACAAGGAAGUCAAGGAAAGCUUGCAACUAUGGCAUAACAAGAUUAUUAAUGAAGGUGAUCAUUGGUUGGUCAAGAACCUGGAUGCUAUGGAAUUGGGCAUGUUUUUAUUCGCUUUCAUGUCUGACUGGCAACUGAAAAGCCUUCGUGAAAAUGGCGUCGAAAUGGUGUGUAUGGAUUCAACGCAUGGUACCUUUACAAUUCCAAUGGCAAUGAUGGAUGUGAUACCGAAAUCAGGGCUAUUAGGAACGCAUAUGGUGGUGGUACUCAAAUCAACAUCUGUCAGUGGCAUAUCAUUAGGAAUUGGAAAAAAAGCCAUUGUUAGCAAGGUUCACCCGGUCCAAGGCCAACGUCUGCCGUCUUCUGUGGUCUCUGCUCGUAGGCAAGAAGCCUUGGAAUGUCUGAUGAAUUUAAUGCAUGCUGCUGAUGAGGAUUCUUUCGAAAUGGCGUACGAUGAAUUGAACAUUUGGUGCACGGAUCAAGAAGAUAUAUGGGACUGCGCAGAUUUACUGGUAUACUUUGAUCCGUUACAAUUAUCAAUUGAUUACACCUGUUUACGUUCGCCGCGACCGUUGGAUUCUUUGACGACUGCGAUCAAUGUUUAUGUUGCCGACUCUGCUGAUGAAGAUGAAGAUGAUAACGAUACACCUAAUGGAACGUUGGAUGAUGGCAACCUAAUGGAAUUGAUGGUAUCAGUUGCAGUUGCUGAUGGAAGGAACGAAGUCGCUGGCUUCACCGCUUACGCUAUUCACACCUUCAGUAUCAUGUAACGUCAAAGACAGGAUAUUGCAUGUUUAAC